CAUCACUUAUAUCUGGAAUAAGGUUUCCCAUUCAACGACAUUUUCCAAAGUCUGAAAAAAUAUACACGAUGAUGUCUGGAUCAGCAAACGGGCACCUUUCAGUUCCUCCAGGGUUUCGUUUUCAUCCAACGGACGAAGAGCUUCUUUAUUAUUAUCUGAGGAAGAAAGUAUCGUAUGAAGCAAUAGAUUUGGAUGUUAUUAGAGAAGUGGAUCUUAACAAACUUGAACCAUGGGAUCUUAAAGAAAUAUGUAGAAUUGGAUCAGGUCCACAGAAUGAAUGGUAUUUUUUCAGUCACAAGGACAAGAAAUACCCUACUGGAACUCGAACGAAUCGUGCAACGACAGCUGGAUUUUGGAAGGCUACAGGGAGAGAUAAAGCAAUAUACCUUAGCAACUCCAAAAGAAUUGGGAUGAGGAAAACUCUUGUAUUUUACACAGGACGUGCCCCUCAUGGCCAAAAAACUGAUUGGAUCAUGCAUGAAUAUCGACUUGAUGACAACAAUGCUGAAGUAGAGCCAUUGCAGGAAGAAGGUUGGGUUGUUUGUAGGGUAUUCAAGAAAAAGAACUACACAAGAGGUUUCCAACAUGAUAUUGGAGAUCAAGAUCACGAGGAACAAUUACCUUUUACAGAUCAUAUGAAAGCAGGAAGUUCAAAACAAAAUAUUCAAACCGCAGCCUCCUGCUACGACAACUAUCAAUCAUCCUUUGAUGGUUCAAUGCAUCUACCUCAAUUGCUUAGUCCUGACUUGACACUUCCAUGUCCAUCACUCAUCUCUCCGUUGAGUAAUCACAUCGAAUGUAGUACUACUCAUCAUAAUCACAACUUAUUGAGACUAACAUCAACGUCAGGACCUAAUUUUAAUUUCUCUCAACAACACGAUAAAUUUAGUGGUGAUUGGUCUUUCUUGGAUAAACUUCUUGCUUCUUCAAAUCAAGGCGUUGCGCUACAGUCUCAGGCAGCUACAACAGAUUUGGUUAACCCUACAAGCUCACAAAAAUAUCCAAUAUUUCAUCACCAUACCUUUGAUCAUGAUCUUUUAAAAUUCUCAAAAUAAGAGAAUACCAGUCGUCCAACUUAGAAACUGGCCAUCUUUCUAUGGCCUUGUUGAUUUAUUUUGGAGUUCUUUUAAUGUUAAUUUAGAGAACUUAAUCUCAUGUACUUUAUUGAUCAUCUUAUUUUAU